AUGGCUACGGGGCUCGCACCCGAGGGGCUGCACGUGCAGGAUUAUCUGCACACUGGUGCACAGCCGGUGGACAUCAACAGCAUGGGCGAAGAUGAAGGCAACUGCUGCGUGGCCUUGAUCUGUGCCGUCAGCAUCGGAGGCCCUUUCAACAUUAGAAGAAGGGCAGCCACGGAUAUGAUUUACAAUCAGCUGACUGUACUGGCCGAGGAUGAGAGCAUCAACAGCAGAUAUGGUGCUACUUCUAACGGUGCUUGGGUCAACACUUGUAGGCCCUUUGCUGAAGAGCUGUACCGCAUUGAUAGUGGGGAAGGCGAAUAUACUGGCGAGGAAUGGCAGGCUGUGAGGGAUGUGGUCACAAGGGGAUACAGCUGGAGGACUUGGGGAAUGCCGUGGCCUAGGCAUCUAUGGGUGCCUGUGGCUCCUGAGUACGAGCAAACAGCUCGUCUCGCCAGAGAAAGGGCUGAUGCCGGUGCACAGAGACAUUAG